AUGCAGCACAUGCUUGAAGACGAAGAAAGCCCGCAGGCCAUACCAUCAAGUGUUGAAAAAGCUGCAGACACUAGCAAUAGUAGCUCUUUACCUACACAAGGGGGUGUCGCUUUGUUGGAGGCCUCUGCGUCCAAUCCUUCGGCUCCGCAAAGUGAAACAGAAGACAGUUCCCCAGCCGAGGAAGUCCUUCCUCAAACCAUUUCCUCUUCCACGCCAGCUUCUCAACGAGGUAGCCUUAAGAAGCCUGUGCACCAUGAUGCAGACCCUGAUGGGGGAUUGAUGCUUUUAGGUGCCCCUAGAAUCAGGAGGCGAAACAGUACGCAGAUCGACUUGCCAGCUGUCAACGUUGAGGCUUCGCAUGAGCCUGAAGAGGCUCGAGAAGAAACCGCGGUCCUUGGAAGAAGACACCCAAGGGACGCAAGGCCUGCUGUGGCGAAGCGCGCCCGAUUUGCACCCACAGAAGGGCGCGCCACUGGGGGAGCAUCUUCUAGCGAUCACCAACCAUAUGCCAGCCGCCUUCGCCAUGCGCCUCUCACACGCAGUGGAUCCGAAGCUCGGGCAACAACACAGUCAGCUCCCGCCAUUGUAGAGCCAAGCAAACAGGCAGAUGCAAUGGAAUCUGGAUUGGCAUAUGAUCGGAGCGCCUGCUGUGAAGGAGAGGCGCACCAGCGAACCCUUACAUCUCCCGGUAUCUCCAGUCCACAGAUGGUCAAAAGCGUAUCACCAGCAGGUGUCGUCCGAAUUGGGGGGAGAAAUCGUCGAAAACGCACGAAAUAUGACCUUGCAUACAAACAGAUGGAGGAACUUGGCACGUUUGAAGAGGAAGCGAAGUCUGUUGACCUUUCAAAGGUUUCAGGGAGUGGCUUUGCGCUGGAACUGCUACGCAACCCCCAACAAUACGCCUAUGGCUCAUGGGCAUAUGGAUUUGCCUGGCCUGUUGGUGCGGACGGACGCCGUCUGCUUUUGCGAAAACUACGGGGAGUUUUUUGGUCUAAUCCGGAGAAGUGGCAGCGCGUUUUGCAAGAACACAACCUUUACCGGAGGGAUUUGUUUACACUUGCCACAGUCCAGGAACUCUUCAAAGUUACGCAUCUUAUGGGCGAGGAAGCGUGGGAUUUCCUUUUGAAGUGUACGGCACUAACGCAAAAAUGUGAUGCUCUCACCAAUAAAGACCUCGACCUCGGAGAGGACGACGAAUCAGGAAGUUUAAUUCCGUGUGGAGUAGCACAGAGGGCAAACCAACAGUCAACCCUAGAUAGAUCAAAGUCAGAAGAUGAAUCGCCAUCGAAUACGUUUUUCGGAAGCAGACUGCCUUCAUCCGGAUUUGUAAGGAAGCGCAUGUCCUGCGGCGGGCGAGAGGAGAAGGAUGCGAACAAACGGUGCCGCGGAAGGCCGCGAAAGCCAUCCCUCAAGGCACAAGAAAACUCAUCGGAAGCGGAGGCGCCAUCAGAUCCUUGUGUAGCGAGGCACACUUGCCCAUCAACACCCACCAGUGAUGCUACGUCCAGGUGGCUACCCGAGGCGGACCCUUCCCCUUACAGAGAUGCCCGUUCUUCUUUGCAAUCCCCAUUGGGGGGCACUGCGGACAGUCCUCCUUGCCAUGUGGACGAGGAAGGCGCUGCUGACGGAGGAGCCGAGUUGCUGGAAGCGAGCCUCAAAGAACAUAGACGCUUGGUUGCAUCCAUGAUCAAAGCUACGCCUCCAGUUCCAGGGGAUGACACUUUUUGCAUUCCCGCAGAAAAGGCAUCCCGUUCGCCCACAGAGCUCCGACUAGCACUCGCCGGAAAGCAGAAUAACGCCAUGCUGAAACUGACGACGCACUACGCAUUUAUGGCGCAGUUCAUGCAAUGUUGCAUGCUUGUGGAAGUCCAGCGAACUCUGCUGAAAGUAGCGGAGGAUUUGAAGACUGCUUGGCCAUCGGACAAAGAACGAGAGAGCCCUACAAAGCGAGCAGAAGGGAAUAUGGAUCCUGCAGCUCGUGCAUGCUUCGACUCGCUCGUUCGCAGCAGCAACAUUCAUAUGCAGUUCGUUCAGCUCAUCGUGCAACAGCUGCAGCGCCACUCAGCCGAUGAGCCAUCAGCCUCCUCUUCAGCAGAGCAGCAGUCCAAUUUCAACCUAAGUGAGCAUUUUAGUGCCAUCGUUCAGCAGCUACAGCUUCAGCGUAUGCGGGACCAUCUGAUUUUCGCUCCUGCCGACUCCGCAACAGCCGUGACGAGCGACGUUCUGGGUCCUCUUGGGGGUAUGCCUGAUAUCCAGGCCUAUCAAGGCUACGGUGGGGAGGCCGAAGCAGCGAAGACAGCAGGAAAAGCACAUGAGUCAUGCUCAAUGAAGACGGAAAGUGUGGGAGACUCCACUUAUCUUUUCGAUGUACCCAGGGUGCCAUCCGUGGACGUACCGGCAGGUCGCUCGGACAACCUGGCCAAUUCCUUUCAAGCACUUAGUUGA